AUUUUCAGAAAAUAGAUAUAUUGGUGUCGGCCGAUUGGUCCCUGGAAAUUUGCCUCAUGCAGUUUUGGAGGAAUUAAUCAUUCACGUUGCAGUUGUACGAACAGUAAACCAGAACGAUGUCGCGUCUUUGCCUGCUCAUCGCCACGGCCGUGGUCGUAUUUCAGACGUUGAUCUCCUCGUCGACGUCGGAGUUCGUCUUUGAUGAUAUCUUCAACGACCCCGAACGCGACACCUUCCUCCGGGGAACCUUUCCCGAGGGAUUCAUCUGGGGUGCCGCUACGGCAGCUUAUCAGAUCGAAGGGGCAUGGGACGAAGACGGAAAAGGGCCAAACGUCUGGGACACCUUCACACACAUCCCGGGGAAGACUUACUUCGAUCAAAAUGGCGACGUCGCCUGCGACAGCUAUCACAAUCUAGAACGCGACGUCGAGAUGGUGAAGGAGCUCGGUCUGACCCACUACCGGUUCUCCCUUUCGUGGUCGAGAAUAUUCCCGACCGGUUUCACCCAUCAGGUGAAUCCCGCAGGUGUGCAGUACUACCAUCGCCUGAUCGAUGCCCUCCUUGAAGCUGGUAUCCAGCCUGCUGUCACCCUUUAUCAUUUCGACCUUCCUCAGAUGCUAGAGGAGCUCGGUGGAUGGGAGAAUGAGAUGAUGGUCCUUUACUUUCAGGCAUACGCAGACUUUUGUUUCAAUGAAUUCGGUGAAAAGGUAAAACUCUGGUUUACGAUCAAUGAGCCCAAAGUGAUCGCCAUUCAAGGGUACGAGGCGGGAAUCUUCGCACCGGGCAAGACGCGUCCAGGUUACGGCACCUACCGCGUCGUGCAUACCAUGCUGAAGGCGCAUGCGCGUGCCUGGCACACUUACGACCAGAAAUACCGCGCAGCGCAGGGCGGGAAAAUCUCCAUCGUGUUCAACUCGUUCUGGUCUGAGCCCGCCGAUCCGGAGAACCAGGCAGACGUCGAGGCUGCGGAUAGGAUGAGGUUGUUUGAGCUCGGCUCCAUGGCAAACCCAAUUUUCGGAAACGGAGAUUAUCCGCAGCUCGUUAAGGAUGUAGUAGGUAAUAUGAGUCGUGCUCAGGGUCUGACCUUGUCUCGUGUGCCUUCAUUCACUCCUGAAGAACAACAGCUAAUCAGAGGCACUGCUGAUUUCUUUGGACUAAACCACUACUCAACAAGGUUUGUCGCCUACAAAAAACCCGAGUUCAACCCGGUCCCUACGGUAUACGAUGAUUUCCAGGCCGAAUUCAGUUCCGAUCCGGCCUGGCCACAAGCUGCAUCAGAAUGGUUAAAGGUUGUUCCAUGGGGCUUCCGUCGUCUGCUAAACUGGAUCAAGAAUACAUAUGGUGACGUACCUAUUUACGUCACAGAGAAUGGUGUAUCUCUACCAGAUGGUCCAAUGGAUCUAGAGGACGAUCUUAGGACAAAGUACUACCGAUCGUAUAUAAAUGAAGCUCUCAAAGCAUCAAAACUAGAUGGUGUUAAUCUGCAGGGAUAUUUCGCUUGGACUUUACUAGACAACUUUGAAUGGGCGUCGGGAGUCAGCGAACGCUUCGGCUUGUACCACGUGGAUUUCAACGACCCUGCGCGUACCCGUCGCGCCAAAAACUCGGCGCAAAUCUUCACUCAAAUUGUGAAAGAUAAUGGAUUCCCGCCUAACGAAGAGGGAAAGGUUGAACUAUAAACACAUUUGUUAUGAAAUAUAUGAAAUAAGUAAUAGUAUUUGGAAUUCAUGAGUUCGGAUUGCUCUUGGUUUGGAGAAUUUCCUACAGACUAGAGCCGUUACGUCCCGCUUUACAUAGGCAACUUUUCGUGACGCAACUCCCGUUGCUCACCGUUCUUUAUGCUUUCAAAUCUUAUGUGCUUGGGCAUAACAGCAAUAUAUUUUCUUAUUUUCUGAGAAGUUGCGUCGCUAUUCCAAAGCUUCACAGUAAUUUGGAGCAUAUGGUAAGUCCAAAAACAAUGCGAAAAUCACUAGCAAUUCCCUCUAUGAUAGAAGGCCCAAUCGGACUUUAUCUUCAUGUCCAUAGUCAUAUAACAUUAUCGUCCUUGAUUCCAUCAACACAAAAACUGCGAUCGAUGGAAAACCAAAUUUCAUUCAGUUUAAUCAAUGUUGAGUAAUCAUUUUUCAACAUAACUAUUGUAUGAUUUUGUGAAUUUAUAUUGGUGAUAAGUGGUUAAUUGUUACUGAAUUUAUCCACUGUAUAUGAUUAUGUUAAUACCAUGACAUUUUGUACGAUUAUUUGUAAUAAUUAUUUGUCUUUUGUGAACAGUGUUUUGUUAAUAUAUAAUUGUAAUAUUUUAUAAUGUAC